AUGGCCUGGCACAUUAGGUUUGAACCUACAAAGUCUCAGUCCCUCCUGGUUUCUCACCAUCGCAACACAGUCGUCGUCCCACCGAUUGUAUUCCAGGGCACAGUUGUUCCGGAAGUCGACCAGCUGAAGCUGCUGGGUGUGCUGUUUGACCAACACCUGUCCUUCAGAGCUCAUAUCAGGCAAUUGGCUAUUCGAGGCUCGCAGCGUCUCGGCUUCCUCCGGAAAGCCUCACGAGUGCUGGACUCCAGGUGCCGUGGAGUGAUCUACAAGGGCUUUGUCCGCCCGGUUUUGGAGUACGGCAUGCUCGUGUGGAUGAGCGCUGCACCCACCACUCUGGCUCGCCUCACUGCCAUCCAACGCCGUGGCCUUCACCUAAUCGGUGAUGGAGCCUACCUCCCUAGCUUGGACAUCCGCAGAAUGGUCGGAGCACUCUGCUUUCUCUACAAGCUCCACUUUUCAACUGGCCCAGACAUGCUUCUCACCCUUCUUCCACCCCGAGCGACCAACACAUCACGCCAUAGCCGACGCACACAAAAGCAUCCCUCACACCAGUUUCAGCUCACUUCCACUCUUCCGCCCAGAGCACGGAAUGAUGUCCUUCGGUCCUUCCCUGACGCUGUUGUGGAGGUCUGGAACCAGCUCCCGCAGUGCGUUCUGCUGAACCAGCCAACAAGGAAAGGGCUGCAGACGUUCAAAGAAAAGGUCAACACCCACCUGCGCCUUACCCGCUGGCCCUGGGAGUGGGCAACGGACAGGCUAUGA